AUGGUGUACGUCUUCUACGCCAUGCACCUGGCCGAGAGCGCGUCCUCGCCGCCAGCGCUGCGGCCAGUCUGGGCCAUCGACGACUUUGAGUGCAUUGGGUGGCAGUCCGCAGGCACGUGCGGCGACGAGCGCGACCAGCGCAACGCCUGCACCGAAGACCUAAAGCUUCCGGCGAUGGGCGCGUGCGUAAUCAGCAACAGGUCGUCGGGCGCUACCCUUACCGCCAUGCGCUCGACAUGCUCGUCGACCAAGCACUAUGUCCAAUACUCGUGCCGGGACGCGCGCGCCUUUAUGGACUUUGGCCCGCUCUCGGAGCGCUAUGUGCAUACGCCGACUGCGCCAAUCUUUACGCAGCCGUGGUACGCCCUCGAGGGCGAACGGGGCAUCGUCAUGGUCGUCCAAAGCGCGUCGCUCGUGAGUGCGUUUGCCAGCAUCCACUCACUCCGCGCCUUGGGCUGUUCCUUGCCAAUCGAGUUGUGGUAUCGUAGCGACGAGACGGCGCUGACUGACCCGAUCCUGACGUAUCUUCUAUCGCACGACAUGCUUCUAUCGCUUCGCCGCAUCCAAGACCCGCGCGCCACAGGCUUUUACACCAAGCCCUACGCUCUCUUCUACAGUGCGUUCCAACAUGUACUGCUGCUGGACACGGACAACUUUGCGAUCGCGGACCCCACGUACCUCUUUGAUCUACCAGCGUACAAGGCCCACGGCGCGGUCUUCUGGCCCGACUUUUGGCAGCCGACCAACUCGAUUUUCAACGUGCACAACGAAAGUCUUCUCUGGGAGCUUCUGGACCUCCCGCCCGUCGAUAUGUUUGAACAAGAGAGUGGUCAAGUGCUCGUGGACCGGCGGCGGCACGAGCGAGCGCUGCACAUGCUCAUGUUUUACGCCAUCGAGCGCCCGCCGCUCUUAACGCGCCUGCGCCUCGUCUGGGGCGACAAGGACCUCUACCGCCUCGCGUGGCUCAAGACAAAGAGCAGCUUUCGCAUGGUGGCACGGCCGCCAGGAGCCCUCGGUGUGCACCACCCGCAGUACCCUCGGUUUUGCGGGCUCAGCAUGGUGCAGUACGACGACGUUGGCCGCGAGAUCUUUUUUCACCGCAACACGCGCAAGCUGUCGCGGGACGCGACGGCCAAUGCGCGGUAUCAAUGGACGCACCUCCAGGCCUUCCGGUUAGCCGGGCGACUGACGAGUGAGUACCGGCCUGCGUCGUGGGACGGCUCCGAGCAGUACGGCGAAAGCGCGUGCUUCGGGGUUGAGCUCUACAUGCACGCCAAGCUCGAGGAUGGAUCGCCCGCCUACGAUGUGAUCGCGAUCAAGGACACGCCGUUUGCGCAUGUCGAGGCGACGCUUCUCGGCUACGCACGCAUCGCACUGCAGCUUGCAAAGCCCGCGAAAUAAGAGCA